CCCCUUUACACCCACCGACAUCAACAUGACAAAGCACUGGGGGGGUCCUGCCUUGUUGGUACCACCCGUGAUCACUACAGGCGCAAGAUCGCAACGCGACCAUCUCAUCGAAUUCAGAUCCGGUCAUGCACAUCUGAACACAAGCAGAGAUUUAGCAUUUACCCCCGGCUGGCAUUGCUCCACCAACCCACCGUUGGAGGAGUUCACCGUCAGGCGCUCCGUGGGAAAAGUGAUGGCACAGGACUCGUGUUAUGCGUCUACGGUAUUGGAACAGAGCUCAUGGCAACUCCAGGAUGGAAAAUCCAGCGGAGGAAAAAAGAAGAACUAUCAGCGUUAUCCCAAACCACCCUAUUCCUACCUAGCCAUGAUCGCAAUGGUCAUCCAAAACUCUCCAGAGAAGAAGCUCACGUUAUCAGAGAUACUGAAGGAGAUCAGCGCUCUGUUUCCGUUCUUCAAAGGGAAUUAUAGAGGCUGGAGGGACUCCGUCCGACACAAUCUGUCCUCAUACGACUGCUUCAUCAAGGUGCUGAAGGAUCCUGGUAAACCUCAGGGUAAAGGAAACUUCUGGACCGUAGAAGUGAGCAGAAUUCCACUGGAGCUGCUGAAAAGACAAAAUACAGCAGUGUCCCGUCAGGAUGAAACCAUCUUCGCUCAGGAUCUUUCGCCAUACAUCUUUCAAGGUUGUGUUCAGUCCAACAAGUCUACAGUGUCCGCUGACCCCUCUUUACCCCUUGUCUCCACCCAUCAGAGUUCGCCCCCAUCAGAGGACCCCUACCGGCCCAAACUCGACUCCACAUUUGCAAUUGACACUCUCCUGCACAGCCUCAGACCGGCAAGUUCUGCAGGGGAAGGUCUUCGAGAGAGGGACAGCUGGCCAAUAGAGCCUUGCACUGCCUCUCCACCACAACCAUGUAACAUCUCUUACAACAGCAGUUCGUCAGCAAGCUCUGCCAGUCCUGCAUCUGAUCUGUCAGAUGAGGACUGGAGAGGUCUGACGCGUGUUGGGAAACGGUCGAGCAACCAAAAAUCGUCUUCAGAUGGAUUCGACUCCUGCCUGCCACCAAACAAAAACACCAAACGUGGCUCCACCCCUCCAUGGGAGCUCCCGACCUCUUAUGCCAAGUAUACACCCCCCAAUGCAGUGGCCCCUCCUAGCAUGCGCUUUAAUGGAAACCCAUUCAUGCCGCUGGGCAGUCUUCCGUUCUAUGGUUACAGCGGUGCACACAUCAGCGGCAAUCACCUGAUCACGACUGUUGGUCACACGUACUGGCCCAUCCUCCCAAGCGGAUCAGUGUCCCUACAACCUCCGUCCCUCCUCGUCGACUUGGACAGCAUGCUGCAAUCUGUUCCGCCCAAUAAGAGCGUGUUCGAUGCGCUCUGUCCUACCAGUCAGACUUCUCACCCACCUCCAAACCAGUACACCCUUCAGAAUGGACCUUCCCUGUGCAAAUAUUCUCUUUAA